AUGGUGAGAAUCGGUGAUUUGUCUGAUGAAUUACUGGUUAAGAUAUUAACAUUUCUUCCAACAAAAGCUGCUAUCUCCACAAGCAUUUUGUCGAAAAAAUGGGAGUUUCUUUGGAUGUGGUUACCUAAGCUCGAGUACAGUGACUAUCGUAUCAAAGCUGAACCUCAUGUAUCAUUGCCAAGGAGUUUGUAUACAUGCAGUUCCCUCACGACUCUGAAACUUCAAGGGAAGAGCAUUCUUGUGGAUGUUCCUCCAACUGUUUGUCUCCCUUCCUUGAAGACCUUGGAACUUCAAUGUGUGACAUACGUUAAUGAAGACUCUCUCCAUCUGCUUAUAUCCAAAUGCCCUGUUCUUGAAGAUCUGGUUAUUAAAGAGGGUGGGAAUGUGAGAGCGAUAGUCGUUAAAGCUCCAUCUUUGCAGAGGUUAGUCUUGGUGAUAGGUGAGAGAUGUUCUUCUGACGGGUUUGUGAUAGUGACACCUUCUUUGAAGUAUUUCAAAGUUGAGGAUAAGAGAGAUAACCCCUCCUGUUUGAUUGAGCCUAUGCCAAAGCUGGAAGAGGCAGAUAUUGAUGUUUUGCUAGAUAUUGAGAAGAUUCUCAAAUCUGUCAAAUCGGCCAAACGUCUUUCAUUACGCCCAAUGUUUUAUAGUGCAGAAGAGUCUAUGUAUGGUGCUGGUAUUGUAUUCAGUCAGCUUGAACAUUUGAAGAUAUGUAUAUUCAGCAAGAAUUGGUCGAAGAUGCUUCUUUGGUUGCUCAGAAAUUCUCCUAAACUGCGAGUCCUCAAUCUCUAUGUCGAUAGAGAUCCAUACUUUGAUCCGCAUGAAACGGUUAAGUUGAAGAAGAAACGGACGAAUAAACGGAGUUCUGUUCCUCAAUGUUUGUUGAGCAGUCUGGGAACUUUUGAGUUUGUAGGCUUCAUGGGAAGACAAGAAGAAAGAGAGUUCGUGAGUUUCGUCUUGGAACACGCUUCUUGCUUGAAGUCUACAUCAAUCAUUGAUCGUUCAACACAAUUAGGUUAUACUUAUAGAGACCGAACGUUUAACCCAGGCCGAAUCGCAUAG